AUGUUUCCCGCCCAAAAUUCGAGCUUAUCCCCUUUGAGAAGAGUUUCAGUCAUCUUCCCCACCCCAGCUCACGCGCCGAGCUCAACAAGUCAAUUCUACGCGGAGCCCGGCCUGACCCGACCCGAAAUCAAAUGUGGAUGGGUUCGAGCCAGAAUCUCAAUUGGUGGAGUCGUGCAACGACCCGACCCGACCCGACCCACCACUUUCAAGCUGAUCCAGUUAUCGUUGAAGAGGAAAAUUGAGGAAGGGGUUAAUGAAUUCAAGUAUUCCGUGCCCUUUCUUGUCGGAGCUCCGAAAUUGCAUGGUGGUUAUAAUGAAGAAGCGGGUUUUGCUCCGACCACCGGCGGCGGACGGGCGGCGGCGCCGGCAAUUGGGUUGUCUUCAAAAUCGAGUCUUUUUAAGUGGGGCUUAGGUAGUUUUGGCUUUUCUGCUGCGGUGGAGUCUAGCGGCGGUGUGGCGGACGUGUAG